AUGUCAUUAGAAGGAGGAAUACAUGUUGGAACCAAAACUGAUUACGAAUUCUAUACAGUUGAAGUUGGUGAUACAACAUUUCGCAUUUUACGUCGUUAUACAAAUCUUCGUCCUAUUGGAAGUGGUGCACAAGGUUUUGUUUGUGCUGCAUUUGAUUUAUUAACACAAACAAAUGUUGCGAUAAAAAAAUUAUCAAGACCAUUUCAAAAUGUAACACAUGCAAAACGAGCUUUUAGAGAAUUUUCAAUUCUUAAACUAGUUAAUCACAAAAAUAUUAUAUCAUUGUUAAAUGCAUUUACUCCAUCAACAAGACUUGAUGAAUUUAAUGAUGUUUAUAUUAUAAUGGAAUUAAUGGAUGCUAAUCUUUGUCAAGUUAUACAAAUGGAUUUAGAUCAUGAAAGAAUAUCAUAUUUACUUUAUCAAAUUUUAUGUGGAAUAAAACAUCUUCAUACUGCGGGAAUAAUUCAUCGAGAUUUAAAACCUUCGAAUAUUGUUGUUAAAUCUGAUUGUACAUUAAAAAUUCUUGAUUUUGGUUUAGCAAGAACAGCUGGAACAUCAUUUAUGAUGACUCCAUAUGUUGUUACAAGAUAUUAUCGAGCACCUGAAGUUAUUCUUGGAAUGGGUUACAAAGAAAAUGUUGAUAUUUGGUCUGUUGGAUGUAUUUUUGGUGAAAUGAUACGUGGUCAAGUGAUUUUUCCUGGAUCAGAUCAUAUUGAUCAAUGGAAUAAAAUUAUUGAACAAUUAGGAACACCACCAAGAGAAUUUCUCUCUCGUUUACAACCAACUGUUCGAAAUUAUGUCGAAAAUCGACCUAAAUACACUGGUUAUCCACUUGAACGAUUAUUUCCAGAUCAAUUAUUUCCACCUGAUUCUGAACAAAGUAAAUUAACAGCAUCAUUAGCUCGUGAUCUUCUUGGUCGAAUNUAG